CACAUACAUAUAUAUAACUUCGUUAUAUAUAUGUAUAUAUAUAUAUAUAUAUAAAAUAAUGGAAAGUGUAUUGCUAGUCUCAAACGGUAUCCGGUGCUCGACCCUUCCGGCCAGCUACGUCCGGCCCGAGCCCGAAAGGCCCAAACUCUCAGAAGUUGUAGACUUUUUCAAUGCUCCCAUCGUUGAUUUGGGCUCUGCCGAUCUAUCUCUCAUGGCCCGACAAAUCUCUCAUGCUUGUCACCACUAUGGCUUUUUUCAGGUGAUAAACCAUGGUGUGGCAAUAGAGAGCAUGGAUAAAAUGUUGGAUGUGACAAGAGAGUUCUUCAAUUUGCCUGUGGAAGAGAAAAUGAAAUUGUACUCAAAUGAUCACACAAAAACCACAAGAUUGAGCACUAGUUCUAAUCUUCAUAAAGAGAAGAUUCAUAAUUGGAGGGAUUAUCUUAGGCUCCAUUGCCACCCUUUGGACAAAUUUGUCCAUGAAUGGCCAACAAACCCUACAUCUUUCAAGCAAAUAGUGGGCAAUUAUAGCAAGGAAGUGAGACAAUUGGGCUUGAGACUACAAGAAGUAAUUUCUGAGAGUUUGGGCCUUGAAAAAGGCUAUAUAAAUAGUAGCUUUGGCGAAGCGGGCCAGCACAUGGCAAUAAACUAUUACCCACCGUGCCCGGAGCCCGAACUCACGUUCGGGCUCCCGGCUCAUACUGAUCCCAACACUCUCACAAUCCUUCUUCAAGACACGCAGGUUUCGGGCCUUCAAUUGCUCAACGAUGGACAAUGGUUGUCCGUCAAGCCCGUUCCGAAUGCUUUUGUUGUCAACAUCGGUGACCAACUUCAGGCGUUGAGCAACUCAAAAUACAAAAGCACGUGGCACAGAGCGGUAGUGAACUCAGAGCAAGCAAGAAUCUCGAUAGCGACAUUCUUGUGCCCGAGUAACCGGGCUGUGAUCAAAGCUCCGUCACAGCUGAUUGAGGACCAAUCACAGCCCAUUUACAGAGACUACACUUAUGCUGAAUACUUUGAUAAAUUCUGGAGUAGAAACCUUGAUCAAGGCCAUUGCUUGGAUCUUUUCAAGAAUAUUGGCUAGGCAAUUAUUAUCACCAAUGAUUUAUGUCCUAAAAUCUAUAUUUAAGCCAGCCAAUUAUUGGCUAGACAACUAUUACAAUAAAUGUAAGUCUACUACCCUUAUUCCAAUAAUGUUUCUUGGAACAAACCCUUCCAAGGGUAUAAGCUUAUGUGAAAAUGUCGCUUUGUGAAUA